GGUGCGAUGGGAGAAAAGGGAUCCUGACGAAAGCGGAACUCGCCGGAGCCCAUACAAAUCAGAGGAGAGCUCGUCCAGAAGUUGAGUGGAUAUCUGAGCCCGCUGAUCAGAGGCUGCCUCUUGCAAGGGAGACAGAAGCGAAGAGGAGGAGGUGGAGGAGGAGGAGGAGGAGAAGUGGGUGGGGGACAAAGAGAACCAAAAAGCCCACCAGACUCAGGCAGGACUUAAAGCAGGCAGGCGGGACAGGCGCUGUCAGCAGAUCGCCCUGAGAGAUCGAGGGGAGCCUCCUUCGGGAUCCGCAAGAGACCCCCUGAAGAAGAAGAAGAAGGCGCCUCCGAGGGGCGCAGCCAUCGCAGCAGCCGCAGGUGGUGCCAUGAUGGCCACUGGCUACCCAGACCCCGCGGGGCCCGAGGACGCCGUGUCUCUCCUGCAGCAGCAGCAGCAGCAGCACCAGGCCAUCAAGGAGCCCUGCCUGGGCGGCGAGUCGGCGGCUGCCAAGAGCGAGCUGAGCCCGGCUGCCCCUGCCAAGGCUUCCCCGGCGGGAUCGGCGUCCGCCUCGGCUGCGUCGGCGCCUCCUGCGGAGAAGGGCGACCCGUCUCAGAAGCCCCCUUACUCGUACGUGGCGCUGAUCGCCAUGGCCAUCCGCGAGAGCGCCGAGAAGCGCCUGACGCUGUCGGGCAUCUACCAGUACAUCAUCGGCAAGUUCCCCUUCUACGAGAAGAACAAGAAGGGCUGGCAGAACAGCAUCCGCCACAACCUGAGCCUCAACGAGUGCUUCAUCAAGGUGCCGCGAGAGGGCGGCGGGGAGCGCAAAGGCAACUACUGGACGCUCGACCCGGCCUGCGAGGACAUGUUCGAGAAGGGCAACUACCGCCGCCGCCGCCGCAUGAAGAGGCCGUUCCGCCCGCCCGCCGGCCACUUCCAGCCGGGCAAGAGCCUCUUCGGCGCCGCGGCCGAGGCGGCCGGCUACGGUUACCUCACGGCGCCGCCCGCCAAGUACCUGCAGGCGCCUUUCCUCAACGCGGCGGCGGCGGCCGCCUCUUGGUCCCUGGCGCAGCCCGCGCCUCCGCCGCCGCCUCAGGCGCCUCAGGCGGGAGCCUACGCCGCCUGCACCAUGUCGGAGGGAGCGGGCGGCUCCGGCGCCGGGAGCGGAGGCGGCGGCUCGGUGGCGGGAGGCGGCGGAGGCGGCGGUCCCCUCAGCCCGGUCGGCGGCGGCGGCGUCAAGGGAGUAGGCCUGGCGGCCGGGCCUGGAGGCGCCGCCGCCGCCUCAGCGUACGGGCCUUACUCCCGCCUGCCGGCCAUGGUGAACUCGUACAACGGCAUGGGGGGCCACCACCACCACCACCACCCGCACCACGCGCACCACGCGCACCACCACCACCCGCACCACCACCACCAGCACCACCACCACGCGGCCGCGGCCGCCCAGCAGCUCGGAGCGGCGGCCGUGGCGGCGGCGGCGGCGGCGGCUGCGGCGGCCGCCACGGCAGGGAGCGGCUCCCCGCAGGGCUCGCCCAACGGGCCGGCGGGCUUGCAGUUCGCGUGCGCCGGGCGCCAGCCGCCCGAGCUGGCCAUGAUGCACUGCUCCUACUGGGACCACGAGAGCAAGCACAGCGCCUUGCACUCCCGGAUAGACAUCUGAGCCAGUGGAGGGCCCGUCCGGGAGAGAGACGGCAGGCAGGCAGGAGAAGAAGAAGAAGAAGAAGCGCCCUCGUCCUCGGCAUCCCCUUCAUCAUCAUCAUCAUCAUCAUCAUCAUCAUGUUGGAUUUCUCUCCCUCUCCCUCUUGUAAUUCCCCCUCCCCCCCCCACCCGCUGCUGAAAUGGGACAGUGACUUUGAGUGCCAAAACGAGAACCACGCGCGCGCCAACCCCCCUUCGCCCAAGUCCUGUGUGCCUGAAUUCAUACAGAUCCUCUCCGUGAAGGCAGCGUAAGUUCAGAGGACUUCCACGCACAUCCUCGUUGCUGCAGGAGCUCCGUGGGUCCUUUGGUUCUGCGUUUCUUUUUUCACUGGGUUUUAGGGUUAGCGCGCGCACAUAAGGGUGGCCGAACAGUAUUUGCCUUUUGUUUUUCUUUUUGCAUUUCCUUGAAAUUAAUAUCCCCAUCAUAAGCACUGUUUGGUUAGAAGUGUUGUUGGUUAGAAGUGUUGCUCACUGGUACGUAAAUCUCUUUAUGGUCGAGGUAUUGGUCUCGUUGUUUUCGCUGGGAGUUUAAAGAGAGUGAAGGUGGGGGAUUUUUAUUUUUAUUUUUUCGGGGGGGGGAUAGAAAAAUAGAAGAGGAGGGAAGCGCUUAGUGGGUUAGGGACAGAAUUUUAAACUAGAAGAGGUCUGUCGAGUUAGGGAGGGAACGUGCCGAAGCAAUAAGCUGCUCUGCCGCCGGGUUGAACAAAAGCACUGAAAAAUAAUUCCGUUUUUUUUGCAGAAUUCCUGGCGCUAGCCAGAAAAAGUCAGCUAGGUUUAUUGCGAAGUACAUCCUAUUAAAGUUAAGAUGGGGCUUCAGCCGUCCAGCAAAUGGAGAAGGCAGAGAAAACCCCAUUGAAAUAAAUUAAUUUAACAAUAUGCUCCAGCGUUUACAUCCCUUUAACAGCGGCAGGGUUUAAGCACGAUCCACUUUGCAAUCCACAGCCAUCUGAUUAAUGAUAAUAAGAUAGGAUUGCAUUUGAUGGCAUCUGCCAACCAUAAAUGGAAUAAUUUUACUAGACUAUUUUUCCAGGUGAGGUGGCUAUUUUAAGCAUAGCACUGCGGAUGAAAAUUCAUUUGAAAGGAUGAAGAAAAACUCAAAUCACGCACACUGCAUACUUGGAAUUUAAUUUAAUUCCAAGUGUAUUUUUAGAGGUGCCAAAGCAGUUGUUCCUUGUCAGUUUAAUUCACACCUCGGAUACACUUGGUCGGGUAGUUCGGCCCAAAACAGUUUCAACAAGAUUUUGCUCCAAAAUAUAUUUGGGGAUGAGCGAGGAAAACCGGUUCAAUUCCUAGGGAAUGAAUUUAGGACCGGGGUCCAAACGUUCAAAUUAAAGCUGAGGAAAAACUCCUUUGAAAAACUGCCUUGGGGGGUGAUCCCUGUAUUUUGAAAUUCUGCUGAUGCGGAAUUAAACAAGUGUAAGGCACUAACUCUUUGCCAGUCUGAUCUCAUUCACGGUGAUAACCGAUUAUUUUUAUUAUAAUUUCCUAAGGGGAAUAUUGCACUUCUUCAAAGAUUUAUGUUUCUAUCCAAAGUAGUACUUAUUUGGAGACUGUAUUUGAGCAAGAACAGCCUUUUAUACAGUAUCUAGUAGCCAUGUUGAUUUGAUUGUUGAAACGCGGAGGUGAUUUGAGAAGAGUUGUGGGAACAAUAGGUGUAUAUGUAUAUGUAUUUUUUUUUUAAUAGAAAGCGUUCUCUCAAGAUAGAGUAAUUUUAUACAAGACUAUAAUUAUUCGGACAAAACAAGACUGUUUCCCGAAAUUAUUGUUAAUAGUAAUAAUAAUGGAGACUAUUUUUCCAAAUGCAAUUGUUAUAUUUUUAUUUUUAUUAUUAUUUUUCAAUGGAUGUUAAGAGUGAUUUUUAAAUAUUUUUUGACCCAGACGAAUCUCCGUUAGAUUCUUAUCAUCUUCUUUUUCGAACAGAGUUGCAAUCCUAAACCCUGGGAGAGCUAAUGUAGGGGGAAAAUGUGUUUUUAAUUGGGGGAGGGGGCAGGUAUUAAUGAUUUCCUCAGUGUCUGUGUAAACAAAUAGAUAUUUGGUAUUCUGCCAUCCCGGGACCAACUUUUCUAGAAUAACCUAGCACUUUUAUUGUAUAUCGUAGCAUUGUAUAGUCUCCAAUAAAAUGUGGUUUUGUUCUCUUUUA